UAUUGUACAUCAUUUAUUAUUGUUAUCGUUGUCAGUAUUCGUUAGAGUUUAUGCAGAAGCACAUUGCUAUAGUCGGUGUUAUUAAAGUGAGUUCAUACUGAAAUGUCCUCAAAAGAGGGAGAUUUGUAUCAUCAGCUGUUCUUGGCCUAUAAAGGCUCUCAUGGUGACUUGCCAGCGCCACUGUGUCAAAAAAAUGCCAACGAAAUUUGGAAAACGGCUAAAGAAAAACUAAAAAAUAAAGAGAAGUUUAUAGAACAUAUAAAUGAUGUUAUACGAGAGUUGAAAGUGAGGGCCACAAAGAAGAAAGCAACAAUGCUUAGUUAUUUUACACAGCUACAUAUGAAAACAUCAAGCACGCCAGCAACACUGCAGCUCAAUGUUUCCUCGACUUCGCAUGCUCUUCAACAAAAACAGGAUUCGGAUGUUGUAGCUUUAUCCAUGUGUUCAUCUCUUAUGGAAUCGAGUGUCGCAGUCGCUGGACAAGAAAGCACUGCCGUCAAACGAAAGAUGAGCGAUACCCAUGAUGACAAAGUCAGAAUACUAAUGAGGAAACUGCGGAGACACCGUCUACGGAACCACACACGAGUUUGAUUGAUUCGGGCAUCACUAAAAAUGUUCCAAGCAAACCGGCUCAAGAAACUCUUAUGAAGAAAAUUGGUCUACUGCAACAGAGAAUAUAUGUUCUUACUGAAGCAAGGGACAUUGGUAUAGCCAAAGAUGAUGUUCACGACGAAAUAAAAAAGCUACGCAAAGAGUUGAAAAAAGAAGAGAAAUGUUUAAAGAAAAAAAUAGACUCUGCUAAGCGUGCAAACAAAUUUCGAGCCAAAGAAAAACUGGAAAAAACUGAACGUCAGAGAAAUAAUCCUGCAAAACAACCUCGAACUGGCCCUGGACAGCCCCCUUCAGUUGACUCGCAACCUGCUCUCCUAGAGACCAUAAUUAAUAUUGCCAUUCAUGGCAGCGCUGCUGAUGAACGUCGCCGAACAGAAAUGAUUAGGAGUUGUCUCACUCUAUCCGACCUGCAUGAGAGGCUGUUGUUAAUAGGAUUCCAAAUUUCUAGAAGCGGCACAUAUCUUCAUUUACUCCCACGCGUUUCUAACACUCAAAAGGGAAGAAGGCACGUACGUACCGUACCCGUAAAGUUAGCAAGACCACAGACUGGGAUGCACAAAAAGCAUGAAGACGGGGAAUUUUGCACUGCUACAAUCAGGUCAUUCGAAUCUCUCGCGUCGCUUCUGGGACCGCAGCAAGUAUUCGUUCUCUCACAAGACGAUAAGGCACGUGUACCAAUAGGUUUACCAGCAGUGAAAAGUCAGAGUCCUCUUUUAAUGCAUAUGGAAUACAGAAUACUUUUACCUGAUCAUGACUGGAUCGUGGGACAGCGGCACAAACUUAUUCCUUCUGUAUACGCCGGCGUCAACGUGGAACCUAACAGUUUCGGUAAGGAAGAAGUUGUUGGGUACAGCGGGCCGACACACAUAUCCAUAAGGAGCGGGAAACACGCAUCCUCCACAGCGAACACCCAUGCUUAUAAUUUCGAAUCACUUUUAUCAAUACCGUCAUUCAAACCCUUAAUGAUGACAGAAUCGAACACCGUGAAGCCUGAUCAUCAUCUUUGUAGAUGGUGGACCGGACGAAAACCCGCGUUAUCGUAAAGUUAAGGACUUUGCGAUUGAACACUUUAAA